AUGCGUCCACACUCCAAACGAGCCCCAGCAUGGAACAGUUCCGAGCUGCAGGACCUCAUCAGUGUUUGGGGUGAGGAAGCUGUGCAAGCACAGCUGCGCUCCAGCCGGAGAAAUUAUGAUACCUAUGGGCAGAUAUCAAAGUCCUUGCUGAUAAGGGGCCAUGAACUGAAUGCGUUGCAGUGCAGGGUAAAAAUUAAGGAGCUGUGCAGUGCUUAUUGCAAAGCCCGUGAGGGAAAUCGCCGCUCAGGAGCUGCCCCCACGACCUGCCGUUUUUACAAGGAGCUGGAUGCCAUACUUGGGUGUGACCCCACUGCCAAUCCGAGGAGCACAAUGGAGAGUUCAGAGCAGGGAGAAGUGGGGGAGGGUGUAGAGGAAGCCGAGAGUGAGGCUACUGGGGUGGAGGGAGACACCCCGGAGUCCCAGGAGGCAUGCAGCCAGGAGCUCUUCUCAAGCCAGGAGGAGGCUAGCCAGUCGCAGCAGCGGGAAAUUGCUGGUGAAGAAGAAGCAGAGGAGCGUGCUCGGGUGACCUUGACUAAUGCAGCCGGAUCACCGGACUCCCGUCGGUUGCAGAACUUGAGAAAAAAUCUGCGAAAAUCAAAAGAAGAAUUGAUCAAAGCAGUUAUGAAUCACUACACCAGAGAAAGUAGGAAGACGCAGGAAUGGAGAGAGAAAAUGUAUGAGUGGAGGCAAACACAAAGCAGGAGAAAGGAAUUGGCUACCAAAAAAACCUCAAAGCAGCUGAUAAGCCUCCUGGCUCACCAAACGACUCUUUUGAGUCUCUCGUAG